AUGGGCGGCCAGCUGACCUACAGCCUCGUCAGCGGCCACGAGUAUGUUUUUCGCAUCGACGAGAAAACCGGCGUCGUGCGCCUCGCCCAGCCGCUGGACUUUGAGGCGCGGCAGUCCUACAACGUGACGGUCCGGGCCCAGGACGGCGGCAAUCCCGCCCUGAGCGCUGACGCCAGCCUCUUCGUCCAAGUCCACGACGUGGAUGAAAACUUGGGUCCCCCGAUGUUCCCCCAGCGCGUGCUGCGGGCCUGGGUCAAGGAGAACCUGCCCCCCGGCGCUGAGGUCAUCACGUUGGAGGCCCGGGAUCCCGACGCUGACCAGCUGCUGUACGCCAUCACCGGCGGGGACGGGCAGGGGUACUUCUCCGUCGACACGCAAGCCUCCUAG